AUGUCGAAUCUUCAGGCAAUGUCAAGCCCUGAUCGUUCUUUUGGAGGGCCAAAAGACGCCGAAAAUUUUGUCCGUAAUGUCAACGUCACAGAUUUAACCCAGGAACCCAAAACACCAAAAAAUGUCACACUCGAUAGCAAACUCCAACAAUGCAAUGAUAAUUUCGAAGAUUUUAACAUCCUGGACCCUCAACUCAUCGAUUCCAUAGAUCAAUACUUAUAUAAUACUAACAACUCCAUCGAUAGCGCCAAUUUUAAUACACUCAACACACCAACACUCACGCCAAAUAAUAUCAACAAUAACUCAGUCAACAGCAAUAACAAAGUAAAUGGAAUUAACUCAGUAAAUAAUAUUAGCUCGUUAAACAAUAAUUGUGAUGAUUUUGAAGAUGAUAUAAUAAGGAAAGGAUCAAAAACUAUUUUUAUCGAUGAAAAUGACGUGGAAAUUAAUAAAACUUUGGACUCCAGAGGUAAAAAUACGCUCAAAACACCUGAAAUAGACCUCAAAAUUACUCUAACACCUAAGGAUAAGGUUAAUAAAAUAAUAACGCCUAAGGAAAAAACUAAUGGACUAACUGUAACACCAGACCGUAAAAAGAAUAAAAUAACGUUGACACCUGAUGAAAAGGCUGAGAAUAUCGAGUUUAAGCUUUCGCAUACCAGGAAAAUUAGUAAGGAAAUUGACUCAGAUAAUGAGUUCAACAAUAACAACAGUGCCCGUGCUAACACUGUUAAUAACACUCGUAAUAUUACUAAUAAUACUGUAAAUAGUGUUAAUACUACUGAUGGUGUGAGUAAUGGUGUGAGCACGGUGAAUAUUGUGGAGGAGAGUGAUGAUGAGGAUGAUGAUUAUUUUGAGGAGUGUAUAAUAUGUAGUGAAUCGAUGAGGAACGAGUUAAAGAAUGAAAUUGGAAUUUUAGACGAGUGUUAUCACAUUUUUUGUUUUAAAUGUAUUAAAACUUGGGCUGACCGGACCAACCUGUGUCCCAUUUGCAGAAGAGAAUUCACGCACAUCCGGAAAAUUAAUCUCUACUACAUACAAUACCUUAUUGACCACAAUAAAUCUAAUAACACUACCAAUGUCACUACUAAUCCCUUUCUGUCCCCCAAUCCUAACUCUGGGAACACCUUUACCCGUGGUGACACUGUAAAUAGUGUUGGCAGUGGUAAUGGUGAGAUAGAUUUGUUUGAAUUAUUUAGAUACGAUGUUCCCUCAAAUUCUUCAACCCACUCGGUAACAACGGGGAAUUCUGCUAACUCUGUAAAUACUAACUCAGUGAACUCUGUGGGUACAGUGGGCACAAUGGGUACGGGUAAAAAAUUAAUAUGUAACAGGAAGAAUAAGAUAUCUAGAUUGAAGAAGAUAAUAAAUGUGAAUAGGAACUGGCAUGACUUAAUCCCGUCGAAUAUAAUAAGAGUGCAAAAGAGGAAACUGAAAUCAGAAGAAGAUGACGACGGGUGUCAAAUUUGCGGAAAUGACGAUAACUGGAAUCAGCAAUUAUUAUGCGAUAAUUGCGAUAAAGGGUUUCAUACAUAUUGCCUAAACCCGCCACUCACCAGAAUUCCUGAAAGUAAUUGGUACUGCCAACACUGCCUCACCUCCAGACCCGAUCUCGCCAAUUCCAUCAACACACAGAACUCUGUUGCAACGCAGAACUCUGUUCACACACAGAAUUCUCUGGAAUCUGAUCACAUAGUAAAUAGUGUAAAUAACACUGUAAAUACAGUUGACAAUAGUGAUCGGGUUGAUGUGGAUAGUGUUGCGAGUAGGAGAAGUAGGCGGAACAGUGUGAGUGUGAAUUCUGAGGAGGAGGAGAAUAUGGAAAUGAGAUUAAGUUUAAUCUCACAAGUGUAUAGAAACUUGAAUAAAACUAAAACUAAAAAGAAAUCCGCAAAACCUAAAAAUACCAACCCCUUAACCCAAGAUACUAACAGUUCUAGCAAAAGAGGUAGAAAAAAAUCAAACAAAUCUACAACCCAUAAUAACACUCCUAACACUGUUAAUAGUGUUAAUAGUGUUAAUAGUGUGAAUAGUGUUAGUAAUGUUAGUACGGUUGGUAAUAGUGAGGAAAACACUGUUAACGCUGGGGACAGACUUAAUAGUGUGGAUGGAGUGGAAAAGGUGUAUCAUGGGAUAAAUAAUAAGGGGAUAGAUGAAUUAAUAUUAGAGUCUAUUGACACUAUUGAUAAUUAUCUCAUUACCAACAUUAACAAUACGCCUACCAAUUCCAAUUCCCGGAACACUCACAACACUGUUAACACUUGUACUGGUAGUUUUAUUAGUGGAAGUCAGUUGAGUAGUAUUGGGAUGAAUCCGUUUAUUCCAAGAAAUAACCCCUUUAACCCCAACAGACUUGAUCCAAAUCCUCGUAACACUUCUAACCACAAUAACACAUCGAACUAUAAUAAGAAUUCUAACUACAAUAACACAUCGAACUAUAAUAAGAAUUCUAACUACAAUAACACAUCGAACUAUAAUAAGACUUCUAGCUAUAAUAACACAUCUAGCUAUAAUAAGAAAUCUAACUACAAUAAGAGUGGUUAUAACAGUUUUAAUACUCUGAGGAAUAAUACCAUGAACAGUAGCGUCAACAGGAUGAAUAACACAACCAAUACUACCAACAAAUUCAAUAAUUCCAAGAACACCACAAACAGGAACACUGUUAGUAGUGUAAACAGUAGGAACACUAGUAACACUGUUAGUAGUGGGAACAAUAGUGUUAAUAGUGUUGGUAAUGUGGAAGAUAAGAAGUAUACAUCGUUUGUGUAUAGGUAUAAGACGAUAAAUGAGGAGUAUGGAAAUUCUUCGAGUUUGAGUACGAAUAUACUAAAUCCCAGCCAAACUGAUAAAUCCGAACCUUACAUUAACGGAAACACUGUCAAAUAUCUCUGCUAA